UCACUUCCAACAACAAAACUGACUUCAACCAAACAGCGGCCUUUCUUAAAACAUGCCCCUCUGGCUGCCGAAUGCGAGGUUCUCCUCUUCUCUUCCUCUAGGUUUGCGACUCAAUCCUGUCCACUUUCAAAAUGGAUGACGAUGAUGUGAGAUACUCUGGGGCUGGCUAUGGCGCCCUCCCCUCACCGAGUCCGAUUCAGUCACAGUUCGACACCCUCUUUGCCGAGUUCGCUCGCUCUCGUCCCCGAGUCUCACCUCCACGGUCGCCUUCCUCUCUGUCCCACGAGCCGCUGUCGAGGGACAUUGAGAAGAAGACUAUAGACCUCCGCGCGCUCGAUUAUGUGUCGGAGUACGACGCAAACUUGAUGUGUCCGAUAUGCCAUGUCCCUUUCAUCGAGCCCGUUGUCCUCGAAUGCGAUCACACAUUCUGCGAGUCUUGCCUGAAGGAAUAUCGAGAGGGAGGUUCUAGCGGGUCACGGAAUCAAUGUCCUUCGUGUCGCUCCUUCCUCCUGUCGACUGCCCACAAGGCUUCCCGCCUCAUAAUCAACAUGUGCAACGACAUCAGAGUCAAGUGUCCCAACGAGGAUUGUGAAGAGGUGGUCGCUCGAGGCUACGUCGAGCGACACGCCACGAAAGAGUGUCCGCAUGAGCGGCUUCAGUGUCCGGAUCCAGACUGUGGGAAACUGAUCAAACGAAAGAACUAUGUGCCGGAACAAUGCAUCCACUCUUCGCAUAUCGAGUGUGACUGCGGCGCCGUCAUCGAAUUGGGCAAAGGCGAGUGGCUGAGACACAAGGAUGAAGAUUGUCCAAAUACCGGCGUCAAGUGUAAGCGAUGUGGCCAGAGAAUUUCAGCCAGGGACUAUUUGAAUGGCAUUACCGGCCAUAGGUGCGGCGCCGAUGAAGACCAGCGCUGUCCCGGCCAUGGAUACGGCUGUACAGAAGACUUCCACCCUGAUGAUCGGGACAAUCACGUGAAAACGUGCCCUCUGGCGCGCAUGGCACCAUACCUCCAAAGACAAUCUCAGCUGCUCAAAUCUCUGCAGGAACAACUUGCCAUGGUCAAGGUCCGAAACGAAGUCCUCGAGGCUGGCUUUGACAGGAUCAAUGACAUUGUCAAUGAACGUGUCCUGCCUCACAUUGGUCAUUCCGACCAGUCUCAGGCGGGCGAAGCUUCCGAUAUCGAGGAGAUUGAACGAGACCAUAUUCCAUCAGCAAUCUCUCACCGUGAUCUCCUCAUGCCAGCACAUCUUCGCGCCUUGACACCUUCCCCAGAUCCCGAGGCUUCCUCCAUUUCUCAGACUCAACAGCACCUCCUUGCUUUGCACGAAUCCUUGCGCGGGACCGUGUCGACCCUCGAGCAUGACGUUGCAGCAAUGUCCAAUGCACUUGCAGAUCUCGACGCUAGAUCUUCAAUGCAGAUAAUGAACGAAACCUUGCGAAUAAAAGAAGAGCUAGCCCAUACCAACGCCGCCUUGUUCAGCACUAGAUCACAAGUCCAGUGGCUCUUGAACCGCGAACGACUAGGCCAGCAACAACAGGCGGGGCUCGUGCGCGGGCGAGCACCGUCAGCUCAGCCUCAAGCCUCAAAUAUAGCGUCGUCGGCGAGGAGUUCGGUCUCAGAAGACACUGAUGGGUCCGGCCAAGGGUCGAGUUUGGAAAAUCAACCUUCAGGGAGCGCGAAUCUGGCAUCAAGUCCUAGUUUCCGACCCCAAAUGCGAAGGCUCAGCGGCAGUCAAGAAAGAGUGAAAUUGUGAUGUUUUGGCGCCAGGUUAUCUUCAGACCUGCCCGAAAAGUCGAUAAUCUCGAAGCACUUAUCUAGAGGAGCUCAUCUGAGAGGCUUUAUAGUAAAUAGACGUCAAUCAGCGCGUUAACGCCUGCAUGACCUGGAUGCUCGAAUGGAAGAGCGCCAAUUUCCAAGCAGGGAGUUCCCCAGGAAACUCCUUAUCUUCGCGAGCCUUGCCGAUUCGCUUGUUCUCGCUUUGUGCUCGGGUGGACCUGCUAUUUGUGGGGGCGGUCUUCUGCGAUUCUCGCCCUGAGCGCCUUACACAGUCCAGG